GAAAGAUUUGGUGUAAUCGGGGAUCGGUUUCAAUCGGAGUUGAGACAAUGUCGUCGCAAUUUCUCCUUCUUCAGCUGCCGCCAUUACCGCCGAGGUUACAGCGCCGGUGUCAGUUAUCUUCCUGCCAAAACAAUCGCAUAUCGACUCGCCAUGUGAUGAAUCCUUAUAGUUCAAGACCUCGUAAUUCGUCAUCACAAAAUCAUGAUUUUGAUGCUUGCAAAUAUGAAACCCUUGCAUUAUCUUCGCCGUCUGUGAUUCCUCCGAAUAACUGCAACUUGAAUCGUCGAUGCGUAAAGGUUAGAUCCAGUUUGAAUUUUCCGCUAAUCUCGUCGUCAGAUCAAUGGGGAAACUGGGCUGCUCUCUUCUCCAUCGGCGCUAUUGGUUCCUGGUCAGAGAAUACGAAGAUCGGGAACAUGUUAAGUGGAUCAUUGGUGAGUAUAUUGAUUGGACUUGCGGCUAGUAAUUUGGGGAUUAUGUCUUGUGAAGCUCAAGCUUAUUCGGUUGUCAUGGAGUAUUUGUUACCAUUAGCUGUUCCUCUAUUGUUGUUUAGAGCAGACCUGUUUCGUGUUGUUAGAUCAACUGGGAAGCUGCUUUUGGCUUUCUUGAUUGGAUCAGUGGCAACCACAAUUGGAACAGUAGUGGCUUAUUGGAUGGUUCCAAUGCGACCACUUGGCCAAGAAGGCUGGAAAAUUGCUGCUGCUUUAAUGGGUAGACAUAUCGGUGGAGCUGUCAAUUAUGUUGCCGUUGCUGAAGCUCUACGGGUUUCUCCUUCAGUCUUGGCUGCUGGACUAGCUGCAGAUAAUGUUAUUUGUGCGGUAUAUUUUACCACAUUGUUUGCACUAGCUGCUAAAAUUCCACCCGAGAAUUCAGCAUCAACCACUGAUGUCGAAGAGGACGUGAAACCAGAAUCUGGGGGAAAACUUCCGUUGAUGCAGUCUGCCACUGCCCUUGCUGUAUCCUUUGCCAUCUGCAAAGUGGGCAGUUUUAUAACAAAAAGUUAUGCAAUCCCCGGAGGAAGCCUUCCAGCCGUUACCGCUGUUGUUGUGGUUUUAGCAACUACGUUCCCAAAACAGUUUACUUACCUUGCACCCGCUGGUGAGGUUAUGGCGGUCAUUCUAAUGCAGGUAUUUUUCGCUGUCGUUGGCGCAAGUGGGAACAUACGGAAUGUGAUCAACACGGCACCUAGUAUAUUUUUGUUCGCUUUCAUUCAACUAGUCGUUCAUCUUGCGGUCAUUCUAGGUUUAGGAAAGCUGUUUCGGUUCGACCAAAAGCUAUUGCUUUUGGCAUCGAAUGCGAACGUCGGUGGGCCCACGACGGCCUGCGGAAUGGCGACGGCCAAAGGAUGGAGUUCAUUGGUUAUUCCUUCAAUUCUUGCUGGUAUUUUUGGCAUUGCUAUUGCUACUUUUCUGGGGAUUGCAUUUGGAGCUAAAGUUCUUCAGUUUAUGUAAACCCAAGAGGUUUUGUUUGCAAGUACCACUUUUGCCAUUGAUAUAUGGAAUGGCAUGUCCUAUUUUCAA